UGGGAAGAUCAAGCCAUAGAAAUACCAGGUGCCUCACCGGGAUGUGCAGGACCGUGGUGGGAAGUUUAAUUUGUUUACUGCUCGCCGUAAAUCAUGUUGCAGCACAGCUUAUAAUCAACGUACAAAAUCAGGGAGGCGAAAUCGUACAAGAGACAAUAACGUCCAGCGUUGGAGAUGAAACCUGCACGCUAGAAUUCCAGAGAAGUGACGGAACUUUAAUAACUGAGCUGAUUGACUUUAAAAGUGAAGUACAAGUGCUGAAAGCGCUUGUGCUCGGUGAAGAAGAGCGAGGACAGAGCCAAUAUCAGGUGAUGUGCUUCGUGACCAAAUUCCAGAAAGGAGAUUUCAUCACUGCCGAUGCGAUGGUAAAACUACGACAGAAAAAUCCCAGCACAAUCCGAACACCGGAAGAGGACCGAGGGAAGGAGAACUACACGAUGACGGGCUGGGUACUGCUGGACCGUGCCAUGCCAAUUUCACGUCACGUGGCACCAUUCUGUGUGGAAGCACAGGAGGCCACGUACGUGCGCGACGUCGAUCUGAAGGCGUGGGCCGAACUGCCAGGAUCAUCGAUUUCGAUACUGGAAUCGGCGGUGAAGUUGUUCCCGUCGGCAAACACCGUAACGGCUCCAUCGCGUUGCAGCGACGUCAGCGCCAUCUGGGCACCGUGCAUCUGCACGUUGGAGAUGUGCAUCGGCUGGUACCCUUGUGGGUUGAAGUAUUGUAAAGGUAAGCCGGAGAAUGCGUUACAGAACAACGGUGGUGGUAGCUAUCGGUGCGGGAUCAAAACCUGUCGCAAGUGCCAUCAGUACUCGUACUACGUACGCGAGAAGCAGCAGUGUCUGUGGGAUGAAUGACCGAAAAUGGGCCAUCGGUGCCCUCAGCAACCUUCAGCAACAGCAGUAGCAACAGCAGCAACAACAUCAACAACAACAUCAACAACAACAACACC